GCAAGUCGAUCGCUGAUGACGGAAGUGCAUGGUAGAAUUAAUGUUCGAAGGGAAUACCUUCGUGUGUUAUUUAACUGUUUAUUAUAAUAUUUGAAAAAUACAACAUUGUUUAAUAAUAACAUAUAAUUUUUGUAAAGUAUGCGUAAUUCUUUAUUAAAAAUUAUAAAGCUUUAUUAAAACUAAAAGUAACGAAUCGUCGAAUAUUUAAUUUAUGAUGGAAAAGACCAAGGAUUUUUUUCUUUCUGUAACAACGCGUGUUUUUAGUAACUGGACAGCAUUGAGAUUGGCUGUCGAACAUGGUAUGGGAUCUAGAGAUAAAGCCAAUGUAUUUUGUCACUAUAUUACCGAUUUUAUAUAUAUCAACGAAGGACUAUGCAGCAGUGAAAUUGCGUGCGAACUAGAAGAUUUCAUGGAUGAACAAUUUAAUACAGAACUUCAAGAUUUAAGUUGUAAACAAGUAGCAGAAGAGUUAUAUAAAUUUUAUCGUUAUUGUGUUGAGGGUAAUGAAGCACAGGCUGUGAUUGAGUUUGAAAAAUUGUCGCCGUUACAACCAUGGAUUGUAUCAUGUUUACCAAAAAAAAUUAAUAAGGAAUCUAUUGCAUUUGAAAAUAAUAGUGGUUCUGAAAGUGAUGAAAUAGAAGAAAGUAUGGAAACUGAAGAUACAGAAUGGACACAAGUAAAGCCAAGGCGGAAAAAAUAAUUUCCAAUGAUUCAAGACACUUGCAUGAUGCAAAACUUUAUUAAAAAAGAAAAGAAAAAGAUUUAUUGUAGUAUACUUUUAUUAUUUUUCUUGCAUCAAAGUUUCUUAUAGUCAAUUUCUUAUUUAUUCAGUCUUUGCAAUAAUUGGAUCACUUAAUUUUCACGCCCGCCUCCUGCAUCUGUAAAGAAAAUUAAGUACAAUUUAAUGUAAUGAUAUCGAAUAUAGAAACUUAAUAUUUUACUA